GGCUGAUGUCACUGAACCGAGUGCAUUUAGGAUGCUCAUCUCUCUAUUUGCUUCAUUUGGAAACAGAUAUAUGUAUAUAUAUUAAUAAUGGAUUCAAGACGCUUUUCUUCCUAAGUAAUUUGGGUGUCUCUUUCCUCUGUUUUAGUCAAAUGUGGGAGAGUAGUUACUUAAUUAGUUGAGUUGGAGUUGAUAAAGUAGGCGGUAUACCAGUGCAGUCUGGAUGGGAAGCAUUUGCAACUGAUACCGUCCUCAAGCAGCUGAGCAUCAGAGUGUUUCCUCCCCCAGCCUAAACUUGCAAAAUGACCACAUCCAGCAGGCAAAGCCCUCCUACAUCUAUGGUCAACAACUUGGCAAAAAUGUUUGAUCCAAAUGCUUUGCAAAACCAGGGGCCUGAUGAUACAAUGGAGCCCCCGCAAAUUCGUCGUGUUGAAAGCAGUGAUGUCAGCACUGAAAGUUUUAACAUCAUGGAUACGAAGUUUGCCUUCCUUGAACAGAAAAUAGAUAAGCUGUUGAUGCUGCAAGACAACGUGCUUAAGAAACUGAACAGUGUUUCCCAAGAAAUCUAUUGCAUAGAAAAAGAUAUUGAGAUUGUAAAAGCAGAGACAUCUGAGCCUGGAUUGAAGAUGGAAAGAAACAAAAAUCUGAGAAAUAAUCAGAUGAAGAGGCUUUGCCUUAAAAUGAAAAAAUCUCUUUCUGAUAUAAACAGGAAUGCGGAGCAGCAGGUUAAAAGACUAGAUGGACUGGAACAAAGCAUUUCUGCAAUACAGAAGCUUGUAGGGCCUCUUGCUGAGAAGGUUAAAGCACUAAUAAUUCAUCAUUCAAGUGGAAAACAUCAUAUACUAAAACGUAAGCUUUGCAAGGCAGGUGAUUAUACAAAAGCAGCUGGACGUGGUUUUCGGAUGCAGAUUUUCUCGGAGACAACUGCUGAUGCUCUGCUUGAUAAGAGGAGUGAAAAGGUUGUCGAAGAAAAGUUGGAUUUGAGUGAGACGGGAACAAAUUCUAUACAAGAGGAGGAACCACCAGAUUCAGCAGAGGGGGUCAUCCAGAACAGCCAGUCCUGUUGUCAGGAAGAAGAAGUUGAUAAGCUCAACAAGGAAAAUGCUGAGAGGGAAAGUACUGUUCUGCCACAAACAGAUUCUCCUGAAUUUCAUUCUGAAGAAACAGAGGAGAAAGAAGAAAUAGCUUUGGAAAGCUGUUACAGGAGAAGCUCUGUACAGCAAGAUGAUGAUGCUGUUGAUGAUGCUUGUCAAAGGAUAACUGGGCAGGAGAUAGAGAGGGAGUCUCCAGAAGAUGAGGAGACAAAGGAGGAACAUCAGGUGCCUGGAGCUGAAGAACAAGAAGAGAGGAUGAGUGAAGGGGAGGGAGUUGAUAGUAAGAAUGAAAAGAAGGAUGAGAAACCAUCAGUACCUUCUGAAAAUGAAGAUGAGGCAGAACAAAGCCAUGAUCAAGAGGCACCGGAGGGAAUGUGUAAAGGCUGUGGAAAAGAUGAUACUUCUCCACCAGCUCCAUUUGAUCACCGAAUUGUUUCAGCCAAAAGGGUGGGCAUCAGCAGUUAUUAUAAUGUCAACAGGAAUGAAAUCUUGGGAGGAGGACGAUUUGGUCAGGUACACAAAUGUGAAGAGAAAGCAACAGGUCUCAAACUAGCAGCCAAAAUUAUAAAAGCCAGAGGAGAUAAAGAGAAGAAUGAAGUAAAGAAUGAAAUCAGUGUCAUGAACCAGUUGAAUCAUGUGAACCUUAUCCAGCUAUAUGAUGCCUUUGAGUCAAAAAAUGACAUUGUCCUCGUCAUGGAAUAUGUGGAUGGUGGUGAAUUAUUUGACCGGAUCACAGAUGAAAACUACAAUCUAACAGAGCUGGAUGCAAUCUUAUUUACAAAACAAAUUUGUGAAGGAGUCCACUACUUGCACCAGAUGUACAUUCUUCAUUUGGAUUUAAAGCCGGAAAAUAUCCUAUGUGUGAACCGAUCUGCAAAUCAAAUAAAAAUUAUUGAUUUUGGAUUGGCAAGAAGAUAUAAACCCCGGGAAAAACUUCGAGUAAACUUUGGGACUCCUGAAUUCUUGGCUCCUGAAGUGGUGAACUAUGACUUUGUUUCCUACCCAACAGACAUGUGGAGCGUAGGUGUCAUUGCUUACAUGCUCCUCAGUGGGCUGUCUCCUUUUUUGGGUGAUGAUGACAAUGAGACCCUCAAUAAUAUCCUGGCCUGCAGCUGGGAUUUUGAAGAUGAGGAGUUUCAAGGUGUUUCUGAGCAGGCCAAAGAUUUCAUCUCAAAGCUUCUCAUCAAGGAAAAAUGCUGGAGAAUAAGUGCCACUGCUGCCUUAAAACACCCAUGGUUAUCAGACCACAAGCUCCACUGCAGGCUCCAGAAGAAGGUUAAAGGUGACUGUGAGUCCCAGGCACCUUCAGAUCCGUAAUCUCUGAAAGAGCUGCAAAACAGAAGAAAAGCUGCUGUGUGGUUACUGCUGCUAAGAGGUUGGAAAAUAUCAGCAGUCUUGGUGCUUUACCUCCCUGCCAUGACUGAAUCUUUUACUAAAUGGACCAACAGCGCUUUCGCUGCAGAAUAAGUCCCAGAAUCUCUGAGCUGCUGCUUCUCUAUUCAGCUUUCAAAAGAAGGAGAGUAUUUUUCCGGUUUGGGAAGUUGUUUCUUCUGGAGCGCCAUGUUCUCCAUGUCCAGGAGUGCCACGUUUGCUUGGUUUCAUAACAGUGUUUUUUCUAUUUUGUCCUCCACUCUUUUUGUUAUCAAAAGCUCCUUAAGGUUCACAUUACCAGGUUUAAGUUGUCUGUUUCUCAUCAGCCAAAAGGCAACUUGGCACUUUGUUAUCUGUAUAGGCAAGGCUGAUUUGGCACUGGAAUCAAAUCAUAAAACACACACACACACACACACAAAACCAACCAAAACCAAACCAAAACAAAAAACCAGUCAGUUUAAAAGUGCAUAAUGUAGGAGGUUUGAAGUUUAUGUCACACUAAAAUGAGCUAAGGAUUCGCUCAACUGAAGUUAAAGCCAUGAUAAUUUAAUACCAAUAAAAGUGAGAAUUGAGGCUUUCCUUGCAGGUAGGUGAAGUUGCUACAACCAUAAGACAUUUUGUGAUUUUUUAGCCUGGUGAAUUACUGUUCGUUUUAAAUACACUUGGAUUAAUUCCAUGAGAAAGAAAAAAAGGCACUAUUCAGUCAUGCCCAAGCAGACUCUCUUCUCUGCUAUGCAAGUAUAACUCAGAGUUAUUUUAACAGAGGGUGACUUUACACCAGCUACUUUCCUUAUUGCUAAGAACUGAUUAAGACUAUUGGCAAAGAGGGGAGUCAGUCUUCUGCUCAUUAGAACCUCUGUUUUUCUAAGGAUUUUUUUUUUUAAUUUUAUUUUUUUUUCUUUUUAUCUUACUCCCAAACCUUUCCAAGAAAGGAAAAAACAGCUGAAUUCUGACACUGUUUGAAUAUGGUUCUUUAUUAAGUGAAUCUGAGUCUUACUUGCCUAGGCUGUGAGGUUGGACUAACGAGACUUAUUCCCUGCUGUACAUGGCUUUCUGACUGCUUGGUUUCAGAACUACACACAUAGCAAGUAUUUUAUUCCAUGAUGCUGACAUAUUGCAGGGCCUUUCGUUUUCCUUUGAUUAAUCCAGUUCUGUUCCAACUACAGAUUAACAUAGUUAUCUCUAUAUAUUUAGCUAUACAUUUCAUACAUGUUUAUAUUUAUGUCUUUCAUUAAAGGGGAUCAACAUGAAGACAAAACUGAACAGCUUUAUUCAUUACCACCCACUUUAAUACCUUUGUCCUUUCUGAAUAGCACUGAUGAAAUAAAAGGGCCCCAUUAAUGGGACGUCUUGGCCAUGACAUUAUCUACAGCCAGUUUGAUCUAGUGUUUUAAAGCCACUGUAGUAGAUCUAUUAAGACUGCUUCUGUAAACCAAAAGAGGGCUUCUUACAGCUGUGAAACCUGAGAAAUAUUGAUGUGUUGUAAUAGCCGUGAAUAGAUGAGAACCAUUACAACAAUCACAUGGUGAUUUGCCAUUAACUGUGAUACCAUGGAGAGCACUGCCACCUUGAAAUCCUUAUCUGUAGUCUUAACUGAAGUAAGCUUUGACUAGCAGAAAUGGAAGUUUCUCUGGGAAAGCUGCUCUUGAGCAGCUUGAAAGCAAGAAAACCAGAAUAUGACCUUUAGGUAGAAACUAGGCUGCUUAUCUUUAGUCACUAUUCAUGUUUCCCUGUGCAAAAUAAAUAGAAAACCUAUCUUUCUGCUAGGGCUGGAGUUCCCACUCCUAUCUGACUACCUUCAAAAUACUGUUAGCUUUUUGAACAGUAACAAAGUUAAUGAUUAGACUCAAAUACAGCUGGCUUGCUUUGGAAUGAUCUUAUUGCACACUUUACUGCCAGUAUUAUAAGUUUUGGGUUUUGUUUUUCUUGUGGUGGACAUUUACAUGAGUAUGAAUAAAUUGCAUGUCAUUUUGAAUCUCAUUAACUGUACUAAACCAACAGCGUGACUAUAGCCUUAUCUGCUUUGUUGCUCGGUUGAAUUAAGAUAAUUUAUCACUGUACAAGUGAGCCAUGAUUCAGAGCUUCAUGCCAUGAGGAUCAGCCAAUGUUGGAGUGCAAUGUGCUGAGUUGUCCACUGAUACUCUGGAAGAUUACUGAGGAACAUGGCCUUUGUUACACACAUCCAUCGAGUUCAGCUGUACAGCUCUCUGUCAGAAAUACACAUUUGAAUUACUAGUAAGGAUGGAAGAGCUUGACGUAUUUCAACUGCUUUGUGAGGGAAGACCCUCUCAAAAAGCAAGAGUUGAGGAGGGGGUACUUCUUUAUUUCUUUGCUUGGGCAACUGGGCAGGGUGCUAAAAUAUUAAAGGGAUUUAUCCUUCAAUCUUACUAACAUGGAUAAUGAUGAUUGUAUUCUUGAGUCUCAUCUAUAAGCUUCCCAGUGUUUCAUCCUUGGAAUGACUCCUGUAGCAGAGGAUGAGUGGGAAAGUUGGAGGAAGACUGCCUGAGUGCCUGCAGUGAUUGAAGGCACUACUUGGUUCCUGGCACAAGCACAGGCCUGCAGGUGUCCAGCUCAGGGGAGAAGACCUGAGCAUCCUUCUUGCUAUUGCCUCAAAGCACUGAGUCAAAAGGGAGACAAGCCCCUUACUAAAAACAUUGUUGCUGUUAAGGAUACAAAAAAUUGCACUGCACAGUUAUCACUGUAGCAGUGUGUCUGUGAUAAAUGCCUGUAGAUAUGCUUGUCGGUACCUUUGCUGGAUGCUGCAAUUUUAGCCAAAUAAUACUUGUCACAGCUUUAUUUUACUGCCUUUCUAAUUUUGUCUCAUUGCACUCUGAGCAGUGUGCUCUUCUGUGUCUGUUGUUGUUUUCCAUAAAUACAUUUAAAAAUAACUAAACACUACAACAUUAAGUUAUUGUUUUGACAUAGCAUUAUUUAUUUUCUACUAUGUAACAAGUCCGUUGGGUUCUAUUAAUUCAACAGCAUCUACGUGAGUUUGCUUAUUAAUCAUUUUUGUUGCAUGUUGGCUUAAGAGACUUUAUUUGUAGACUGUGAAUUACUGUGCUUGAGAGCUUGUUUGGGCAUGAAGGGCACUUUAUUAACUGUGGUUACUCCAUUUAGCCCGAUAUCCACAGACAGCCAGAGAUGGCUGCACGUACUACAAGAAUCACCAGGGAACAGAAUCAUAUAGCAACAUCAUUGGUGGUAGCAGGGAUAAAGCAUCAAGAUGCAGUAUUUGCUCUAUGUACACUGUUGUAUUUUUGAUGCAGGAAAGCAAAAUUUCAUUUGCCUGACGUAUUUAAGAAUUAGGAUGCUGUUAUUCCUGCUUGUGUACAUACAGCAGAGACACUCAGCUAGAAAAAAAUCUCAGUCUUACCCAGGAUACAGUAGAGCAGUCUAACAUUAGCAUCGGAGUUACUAACAAGUUUAUUUGUUUCAAGGUGGAUGCUAGUGGCUUUCCAACUCUUUUUACACACUGAACAACCUGUAGGGUAUGAAACUGGUAAAAACCUAUACAACAGAAAUAUUUCCCUACUAUCAUAUUGAUAUUUGUGAGAACCUGAAGCCAGUCACUCCUGAGUACCCUCAAAGAGUAUGCAGUAGGCAACCUGUGAUAAUCUGGUCUGGAGAUAAAAACAGAAGCUACUUCUUAAUUUCUUUUUCAUGUUCCUUCCAGUGUCAGAAUCUGAAUGAAGUUAAAGCCUAAGCUAAGCUCUUCCAUAACUUGAUUGCUACCAGGAAUAACAGUGCAGCUCUACAGAAUUAAACAAGGAAGAUAUUUGGUCCACAUUUUGAGAUGCAAGUAGCAUGGGAGCUUGGUUUAAUCUUCCAUCCUCACCAAAAAAAAAAAAACCAAAAAAAACCCACCAAACCCAGAACACCUACUUUGGCCUAAUCUUGACCAGUUAAAAUAAAGAGAAACCUAAUUUCUUAACAAUUGAAGAAGUUCAGUGAGUUUACAUAUUUCUGCUGUGGUUAAAUUGCUGCAGUAAGAGUCAAGAUGUUUUAGCAUCUUUGGUUUUAUGCUGACGUUACAAAUUAUGGGCAGCCUCUUUCAGUAAAACAUCUCUCACCAGGAGGUGUUCUUCUCUUCUUCGCCAAUAGGGAUCUAAAAACAUCCCAUCCCCUUCAUUUGACCCCACCAGUGAGCAGGGAAUUUUCCUGCUGGUGAACUCUUAAUAUGGGUUAAGAAUUGUAGUUCUGCUUAGUGCCAAAGACACAGAGGUGAUGAAUGAGCACUGAUACUCCAAACUCCUUUCUGAUUUCCAGAAGGAUGCUGCGUUUUCACAUACUACUUUUAUCAUCACCGAUAUAUACUUGUCCUUAUGUCUUGUGUGAAUAAAACUAAACACUGCAUGAAUCUGUUUAGGGACAUUAGAUUCUUUCACCUUCCAUGAAGGCUUAAUAGCUGAACAACUAACUACCUGUUUAAAGUAUAAGACUGGUAGAGGUAAUGCUUUGUAAAUAUGUUUUUAGCCAUGUCACUAGAGUUAGCAAGCACAUUCUGGAGUGGCAGAACUAAUGUUUGUGUACCCCACAGCAACUUCCCUUAGAAGACAGGCAUAUAAGAAGUAAAUCUCAAAGCAUGUGGAUUUUCAUGCCAUCUUCCAUAUCUGAUUUUGUAGAUUAACUCAUGUUUCUCUGGUACAUGUUCUUUUGGGAAAACAUAAAGCAAUCUUGUAAACAGACAAGAAGAAUAAAUGCUGAUUUUGUUUACUCUA